UAGAGCAUCCCAGUUUUCAACUCCAUAGAACAAAAUCAAACACAGAUAGAACUGAGAAGCUAUUCAUGUGUGUUAACAUGGCAAAUUCUGACAAAAUGUUGGUAGCAUUGUUCUUAUUUGCCAUUGCAUCCUCCACAAUCUUUGUGAAUGCCGACUUUUCGAAAAGCAUGUACAUCACCUGGGGUGCUCAACACGCAAUAAUGCAGGGUGACGAUCUCCAGCUUGUGUUGGAUCAAACCUCAGGAUCCGCAGCUCAAACAAAGAAAGCAUUCUUAUUUGGAACCAUUGAAAACCGAAUCAAGUUGGUGCCUGGCAACUCUGCAGGAAUUGUUACAGCCUAUUAUCUAUCAUCUACAGGAAGCCAGCAUGAUGAGAUAGAUUUUGAGUUCUUAGGCAACAUUUCAGGACAACCAUACAUUGUCCACACAAACAUUUACACACAAGGAAAUGGAAGCAGGGAGCAACAAUUUUACCUCUGGUUUGACCCAACUGCUGAUUUCCACAAUUACACCAUUCACUGGAAUCCCACUGAAGUUGUGUGGUAUGUUGAUAGCAUUCCAAUCAGGGUGUUCCGCAACUACGAAAAUGAGGGAAUUGCUUACCCAAACAAGCAAGGAAUGAGGGUUUAUACGAGUCUAUGGAACGCGGAUGACUGGGCCACUCGAGGUGGGCUUGAUAAGGCCAACUGGAGUGGCGCGCCAUUCGUAGCCAGAAUGAAUCAUUUCAGACCAAGGGCUUGUCCUUGGAAUGGAGCAGUGAGCAUUAGCCAGUGUGCCUCCAAUGUCCCUGCAAAUUGGUGGACUUCUCCCACUUACAAGCAACUGAGUUAUGCAAAGUUGGGGCAGAUGAAUUGGGUCAGGAGCAAUUACAUGAUCUAUGAUUACUGCAAGGAUAUCAAAAGAUUCAAUGGACAGAUGCCUCCAGAAUGUUUCAAGGCACAAUUCUGAUUAAACAUGAAAAUGAGAAGCAGCUGAAAAGUGUUUUUUUUUAUCCUUCUUUUUGUUUAUUGAUUUUGUCCCAUUUGUUUGUGUUUCAAUCUUUGUGAUUUCAUUCUUAUUCGCCAAAAAAAUGAAUAACAUAUAUGGUUUGUGUAUUGCAA